ACUGAACAGCUAUGGUGCAGAGGACGAGCCGGGAGCAGAGGUGAUAGUGGAGAAGAAGGGCAGCAGACAAAGCGUCGCUUAUGUUCGGGUUAAUGUUUAGUCUGAGGACGAGCAGCUCGUCGCCCUGCAGCAGCCAUCUGCACCGGCUGAGCAGUCUGCCGCGGCCGCCUCUCUCCCGGAACAACUCGUCCAACAUGUCGUCGGACUCCCACUGGCUGUCACCUGCAGACCGGGAGGAGCAGGUGAUGGAGCUCAGGGCCACCGGCUGGAUGGAGGUGGAGGAGCGCGACGCCAUCUUCAAAGACCUCCACUUUAAAACCUUUAAUCAGGCGUUUGGCUUCAUGUCUCGUGUGGCUCUGCAGGCAGAGAAGAUGAACCAUCACCCAGAAUGGUUCAAUGUUUAUAAUAAGGUCCAGAUCACAUUGACGACGCACGACUGUGGAGGACUGUCAAAACGGGACAUCAAGAUGGCCAAGUUUAUCGACAAAAUUUCCCUUUCUAUGUAAUAUUUUUGUCUUUAAUCUGAAAGUUUAAUUUCUUUUCUUUUCAGUUUUUCUAGUCUCCCUCACAGUUCGGUCAAAUAAUCUUUUUUGUCUCCUACGUGUCCAUAUCCUGCCUCAAAUAAAAUCCGUGGAAAUACAA